UAUGGAAAGAAGGUGCAAUAGUCAAGUUAUCAAAUUUAAAGCAAGGCCUCAGCCUGUAUUUGGUGUUGGGACAACUUUUAACAUCAUGCAUCAUCAUAAAUUCACAUAUAUUAUGAACAAGAAUCGGAUACAUAAAAUAGAUCCUAAACCUGAUAAAAAGAUGCCCACUACAGAAAAUAGUCCAUUUUUAGUAAAAACUAUCAAAGGUGUUCAUCAAGGGACAAUAGAGAUUCCUUCUUCAUCACCCAGGAGGAUUAAUACCAGAUCUGGAUUUCUAUGAAAAAUCAAGCAAAAAUAAUUCUAAAAUAUCGAAGGCUCGUAACAAACAAGGAAACUUACCUGAUACCAUAAAUUUGACUAGCAAGCAUAUCUCUUACGAUGAUCCAUACUCAAAUUCUCAGAAAAUGACCAUCGAUGACUGAAAUCUCGAAGGGCUUCAGACAAUCAUCAAUAAAAUAGCAGUAAAAAAUAUUCAAAAAUAAACGAAAUGGUAUGGCUAAGACCAGCUCCAAUGAAAGAACUUUCAAGAGAAAUCUGUUCUACCAUAACAAUCAAUGAAUUAACUUACAACCUAAGAGAAAGCCUGAGCUUGAUCAUGACAUUAAUUCUUCAAUUUCAACAGGCCUUCACAAAAUCCCAAUAAUGCACAAUAAACUUUCAUCUGGUCAUUCUGAAGAUAAAUCCCACGAUGACUGUUCUCCAGUUUGCUUGAUGAAAUACGAUCCUCAAAUAUUAGACAAAAAGCGCUUUAAAAACUACAAAUGACCGACUAUAUUCAAUGCUUCAAAUAAAGAUAUAAGAAAUUCAACUUCGAUCAACAGUUUCUUCCAGAGUAGAAAAACUGUAGCCUUUCGACAUAAAGGAGAUAUUAUCUAUUCAGACACUAAAAACCUAGAUUCCUCGAAUAAAACUAUUGGAAGGGUUGGAUCUAAGAAGAUAAACUUAUGAGGAACAGCACAUGACCUAGGUAAAACUCUUGGGAAGUUUGCUAAAUUCAGAAAUCUACUCCCUGACUCAGCAAAACCCCGUGAAACCAAAGUUGUUCAUACUAAGAUUGCCCAUACAAAACUUUCAUCUGCUAAGAAGAAUAAGAGUGGAGAUACCUGAACUCCAGAAAGUCUUUAUAUGCUAAAUGAGCUUAAUGAGGAAUCCGUCAGUUGCAUAGCGAGGGAGAUCAUUAAAUAAGUCCAAGAUCAAAGAAAAUAUUCCUUUAAGACAGAAUACUGAGACUCGGAAGUAAAACUACAGGCUCAAAAUCAUCUCAUGUACGGUUUAAAAGUUUAAAAUCCAUGCCAAAGACACUCUCUAAGAAGCAUUUGAGAGUAGCUAAGAAUCUAAGUCGUGAACAUGCACCUAUGAAACUUAAUAAUGAUCCAUAUUCCACCUCAGUUUUGUCUCAAAGUAUGGAUCGAGGGAAGAAGUCUAAAAAUAGCAACUUAGAUAUAAAGGAUCUCUCUAAAGAUGAUCUUGAUCCAGGUUCCAUCAUUGCUCCAAAAUCAACUCAAAAUAUCCAAAAGAGAGUUCGAAUUGAGGCAAAGGAUCGUUCUGGCACAAACUCUGACAUCAUAGAUCCUCUCAAUAUUAAGAAGCAGAAUUUUAUACUAAACCUUCGAUUAUUGCCUACCAGAGAGAUGGCAAAGACUAGUUUCUGAGUUAUCGGAAAUAACAGUAAACCAGAGAGAAUCGACCUUAGUAGUUCUACACUUCCAAAGAAUAGUAUGAACAAUAUAAAACAUUCAAAAAUCAGCAGAUUAUUACAGAACAGCACAUCAAAAGGAACAUUAAAUUAUGGGCUUUGCAGACAAAUUAAUGAGCAAGUGUUGCCUAAAUCAAGAUCUGUAGAUCCUACUGGGUCUCUUUCUGCUGAAUCUGAGGACAAGUCACUUAGUUUUAAUGGCCCACAGGGUAUACAGAACAUUGAGUUUAUUCGAAGAAACCCUCAAUAA